UCCCAGGUGUGGGGGUCGUUUUCUUGCUGUCGCUGAUGGAAGAAGGGAGCUGGGCAGAGUCACUGGGCAUAUAUUGAUCACUCUGAGCAGAUUUCAUGUGUUCACUAAUUGGAGUCCGAAUCAAGAAAUGUCAGGAUAUCUGAAGAUCGACCUCUCCAUUCCUCUGAAGCUUCCCUUACUAAAGUAUCACCAUGCUGCUGACAGUGACACCCUUUGAAAACCCAGGACCUCCUUCUCCUGCGCCACCUCCCACUGCUCCAAAGCCGCAGAAAGACAACGCACGCCUCCAGCGCCUGCUAAAGAAGGCUGCAAAGAGAAGUAGCGUACAGCCCUCUCCAACACAACCCCACAAGUCCUUCCGCUCAACUCUUUCACCUGUCAGUGAAGCGGACUUGGAGAGCCUUGAACCUACAGCUCCCCAGAAACAACAGCCUAUUUCAAUUAAUCUGCCCCCUCGCUUUCAGGUCCGGGGAACAUCCCAACGUGUGUCGUCUCCUUACCCAAAGCAGCGCAGCUUCACGUUCACUGUGGUGGAGCAGCAUAGUCUGAAUCAAUAUCUUAGCCCUAGCCCAGUUCCCGAAACAUCUUCACCCCGUCCUCUUGGGUCUAGCAGCCACAGCCCUUUGUUUCUAUAUCCUCCAGGAAGUAGCACCCCUGACCUUGCAUCACAAGAAAUCAAUGUCAUUGACACUCCACUGCCUUGCACACCACAAACCAAACCCAUAAGUCCUAAACAACCAGCAGUGCCUCACCUCGCUAUAACUGACCCUCCAGUUAUCGUUGUACAUGAUACCAAUCAAAAAACCACUGGACUCAUCCCCCCAAAUACAGAUAAGGUAGAAAAAAGGCAAAGCGAUCCAAAUGUCUUAAAAACAGAAAGUGAUCCUUGCACAGCAAAAGCUGGGGAUGUAAGUUUAUCAAAGGCUUAUGGCUGCCUCAUAUCAGUACCCAAAACACAGCAGAGCCCUUUGGUUGCUCAGCAAGAAACCUUAUACAAAUCCAGUGCUUGUAGUCCUCUUGGUGUAGAGAAUAAAUCAGCACAGGUACCAGCCACAUCGCCAUCACCUGUGGUGUCUGACAAAAAAGGGAAUUUACUUGAGUGCUCCAGGGUUGCUGAGAUUCCAUCCAGCACAUCUCUGCCUUUAGGGUCAACCAAGACCAUCAUUGAAGCGAAAAACACAGAUUCACCCAAUGUAUUUUCAGAAGUCACACCCAAAAACCUUCCUGUAAAAGGCACAAGUUCUCCAAAUAUUGCUGGAUCUAACCAUGUAAUCUCAGUCACAGACAGCUCAACUACAUUAGGAAAGGUUCCUAACUCAGAGGAGUUGAACCUCCUGAAAACUGCUGAGCGACCAAGGCCACCCAGGAAGAAGCCUGGUGGAGGGUGGGCAAGACUUGUCAAGCACCUUGUGGUUGAGCCUGAAGAACCUACAUUUAAUGAACAACAAAAAGCAGAGGGAAAAGAUGAGAAAACAGGAAGCGAUGUUGGGGCAACUACUGAAGGGACACAGCAAAGCAAGGGAAUUCGUGCAAACAGGAUGUGGGAUGCCAUACUUUAUCAUAUGGCCACAUCCACCAAAGGUCAAGAGAAACCAGGAACAGCUCCCCCUCCACUUCCUUUUAUACGCUCCCGUUUGCCUCUCCUCCUGCACCGGCCUCGGUUUGAUGCACGGAAGUUAAAAGAGGCUGCAUCCCGACCUCUACGCAGAGUGACCGCUUUCUUCCACAGAAGAAUCACAGAGAAAGCUCCAAGCAGUUUCAACAGGAGUGCAUCUGGCUGGAGCAUUCGAGGGGAGGAUGGCGAGCAGGAGAAAGGGGUGGGGGGGGAAAUUAUUGAUGGUGAAGUGAAAGCUUGAGGGGAAAAAAUGCAUGUCCAUGCCCGACCCCCUGGGUGCAGAACGCUCAGCUCACACAUAAUGCUCCUACUUUUUAUAUCUCCAUAUUAUUUUAUCUUGCAUUAUUAAGCUGUGGCUGUGAAGUAUUUCUCUUGUGCUUUCAUAUUAUUAAUACUUUUCUCUCAGCUGUCUCUGUGCGCUCAGGUAAUGUAUUGCAGGGUCUGCUAAGAAUUCAGAUAUUGGGAACCAAAUAAUUAGUUUGAAGGGAAGUGAAAGUUCAGGUUUACAGAGGGUGGAUAACAUCUAGUGAAAGUUCAAUUCUUACCUGAAAAGCCUGAGAUGUAGGUUUACAUAAGUAUUUAAAAAUGGCUGCACUGAGAAUAUAUUCCAGUCUUAAAGUGUACCUGUCAUCAAUAUAUAAUAGAGGCAGCCAUUUUGAGGGCUUGAACCACAAAUCAUAAGAAUACAGUCCAACAAUUCACUGGGAACAAGAUAUAUCAAGGCUUCUUUCCUCAGUAAAAUGAUAUGCAUAAGGAUGCAGCCUAUUUUCCAGCCUACAAAAUGGCAGCCUCCAGUAACUUUUCCAUUUCCAGAUCACUGAGCUAAGAGGUAAUAUGGUUUCAGUUCUUGCUAAAUCAUAUCUCCCAUAGAAGUGCUUUGAUACAAAUUGUCGGCUGUUUUGAUGAAGGUCGCUAGCAUGGAUUGUAAGGACAAAUAAUUAGGUGGAACAAAAGAGAAAGUGAUCAUUGCAAAGAGAGAAUAAAUGAAACAUAAGGAAGAGGUACAGAAGAAAGGGAGUGAAAAGCACUGGAGCUCUUUAAUUACCUCAUCAAGGAUCCUCCACCAAGAUCUUCUCAUAUUUUCCAUGUCCAGUUGGAACAAACUUAUAUUUUUUAUUAGGCGUUACACUCUGUGGGAGAGACAGGGUCAAAGGUCAAUUUGGGAGUGUUUUCCUCUCCAUGACGUAUUAUAUUGCAUUAUCCAACUUUUACAUUUGUUACUGUCCAUUAAUAUCUGUCUAAACACAUGAUUUGGCUUUCAGUGUACACUUAUGACAAUUUAUGGAAAGUAAACUUGCAAUAAAUGCAAAUACUGUCAAAAAAACAUACAUCAGAAUAAUAA